AAUUAACUUCAUCUUCCUUCUUCUCAAAAAAAUAAAAGCUUCAUCUUCCUUGAUUCUUGGCUCUCAUUUUCUUUCUAAAUGGCCUCAGAUUCAUCGGAGAGUUGCCAUUAUGACAUUGAAAACGAAGAAUUGGAGGACUUGGAAGUUAUAGAAAUCGAUGAAGCCCUUCUCAGGUCACUUUUAGAUGAAUCAGAGAAUGUGGAUGCCAAGCAUGAUAGCUUAGCCUUAGAGUAUGCAACACAAUCACAGGAAGCAGAGAAUGAUUCUAACAACAUGAUAGAAGAAAGGAAGGGUUGCUUGGAGCAGCAUGCACUACUUCAAAUCCAUGACUUUGAUGGGCUGGACAUGAUGGAUAUGGCUCCGAUGUUUCCAAUUGAUGACAUGGAGAUUGGGUAUGUAGAUGACCCAAUUUAUAUGGCCAACUUUGGUUAUGAUGUUGGAGAUUAUUAUUCUCAAGUUCAUGAUGAAUUUUCCUCCAAUGAGACAGCUUACAAUUGUUUGUGGGGGGAUAUAUAGCUGAAUCGAAAUAAGCAAACAGUUGUGUGUAACUUAUAAAUGUAUAAACAUAUAAGACUGUUUAUAGUUUAUUACCUAUCUAUCUUAAUGUCAAACAAAUGAUUAAAAAGAGAGAAGAGAGUAACCAAAGCAAUAUAAAAUGUUAUGUACGACUUUAGUAUCACCAAAAGUUGGACUUGCUGGAGUUUUCAGUUUCAUAACAUGGGCUGAAAUGUGUAUAUUAUAAAGCCAUAUAUUACAAUGAAGAUAAGGUUAUG